UAAAAUAGAAUCGUCUGACGUGCUUAAAUUGGCUAAAUAUAAGUACCGAUUCAGACAUUUAUUUCUAGUUACUGGGAGUAGUCCCAUGACUUAACUUAUAUUUGUUGGGUGACAGAUUUUAAGUGUGAUCAUAUUCGUUUGGAACUUUGUACGAUAAAAUUUCACGAGGAUUCAGGCAACCUAUUCAGUAGUUCUUGGAUAAAAACAUGACUGGUUCGUAAAACAACUAAAUGCGCAAGGACAAAUUGCUGAAAUCUAGCACAUUAAAAUCAAGUUAAGUUUACACACCCAGCUGAUUACGUUUGUUUAGUACACACAAUUUAAAAAUCGAUAAAAAUGAGUCCAAGAGAAAUUGAAGACUUUUUAUAUGCGAGUCAUUCAGGAAUCAAAGACAAUCUCACAACGGACAGUUCAGCAACUAAAGGCGAUUCGCACAUAAAGCGUACACGUAUUGAUUUAAAUCAAUUAGGUAACUUGAAACCCGGUGAUCAUAUAACAUGGAAACGAACGUACCCUAUCUGGCACCAUGCAAUUGUUGAAGAAGUAAAUGCACGAAACAAAACGCUAAAAGUAAUUCAUUUAUCAAAGCAAGGCUCACAAUUAAUUGUUCAUAAAAAGACUGUGAAAUUUGAAAAAGAAAACGGGAAUUUAUACAGAAUAGACUACACGGGGAAUGAACGAUUAUCACCUGAGGAGACGCUUAAACGAGCAAGAGUUUGGUUGGACACACGAUUUAGAAAUAAACGCUAUAAUCUGUUCACAAAUAACUGUGAACACUUUGCAACAUAUUGCGUGACCGGCAAAGGUCAGUCAAAUCAGACAAAGGAAGCAGUCGAAAAAGCAGGUAUAGGUUUCGGUGAAGCGAUUUUAAUUUCUACACCACAUGUCAUAAAAUCUGUUAAGACAAGAUUAAACAAAUCCAACGAUAAACUAAACAUAAAUGCAAGGAAUGAAACACAAAGGUCAUCAAACUCGCAUGCAGCGAAACCAAACAACCCACUGAUAAAUAAGCAAUCCACUACUAAGCCAAAAACCGCAACAAAAGAUGCAUCUCCAUCAUGGUGUAGCAGCACCGAUUCACAUGGUUUGUCUUCAAGGUCUAAACGAAAUAAAGACUCAAAAGGGAAAUCUAUGUCAUCGGGUCAUGUCAGCGAUUUGCGAGAUGAAUCAAUUUCUAAGCGGAUUAGCGUUUCAGACGGUAUUUCGGCAUUACGGAGAAGACGAAGCGAUUUACUUCCAUCGUCUAUACGAAAUAAUGCUUCAAAAGGUAAACAGAAAUCAUCGAGUGAUAGCGAUAUUUGGCAUGGUUUAUCUGCAUUCUCUAUGCAAACUAGCGACUACAAAAGUGCAUUAACAUCAUCGAAUCAUAGCAGCAAUCGGCAAGAUUUAUCUCCAAGAUCUAAAACAUACGACUACGAAGAUAAAUCUACGUUUUCGAGUUACAGCAACGAACCUUCCAAGGCUACGCAAAGUAACGAUUCAGGUAAAGGUUCUGCUUCAUUGAUAGCAGCCGUUGGUGGUACUGGUGGUAUUGCAGUAGCGGUAAAAAAAACAUCGGUUGCAUCAGUGGUUAAGAAAAAAGUAUUUGAAAGAGUUAGUAAGGCACGGGAAACUUUGAAAGGGGUGGGGUGGAAAGCAACUGCCGUUACUACAGCCGCUGCCGCUGGUAUCGAAGUUGUAUCAUCUAUUUACGACAUUCAUAAAUUGUACAAAAGUAAGAAGAAAGGUGAUAUAAGUCAGAGUGAUUUUAUUGAGAGCACAACGCAAAGAGUUGUUGAGGGAACUUGUGCAGUAGGCGGUGCUGCAGCAGGUGGUUUUAUAGGGGGUUUCGUUGGGAGUUGGUUAUGUCCAGGAGUCGGAACCGUAAUUGGUUCACUAAUCGGAUCAUUUUUGGGCGAUGUCGUUUCUCGGGUGGUUGGUAGGUGGGCUGGAUCAAAAGUCGGGAAAUUCUUCUCUUCUUUGUUUUCAUGAUUAAAGAAGAAUAUAUCAAAUAAAGAACACAUACGUGUUACCUAAAAAUGAUUAUGAUCAAUAAUCAAUCUAACUUACGCAAGUUUGUUUAUUAGAUUUACAUUUCAGAAUUGCACUUUCCUUUACAAAAAAAUAAUACACUUAUAUUAAGAAGGUCAGUUAUCUAAAUCAAUUGUAUACAACAGAAUUGCAAAUUGUGUUUUGUUUAAUUAAGUUCAUGAAAACAAAAUAAUUCCCAAUGCUAAUCUGAAGCCGACACUUUUGUUCGAAUGUGUUUUGGGAAACAACAAUUGUCGUUUAACGAUACUUUUGUACAAACUUUUUUUUAUUGUUCUUCUGUGUAUGUACAUUAAUUCGUUUUGGGUGAUUAACGAAUUUUACUUUAUUAAAUCUUAUUUCGCGAAUUUCCUUAUAUCAAUUAUUAUUGAAGAUAAGUUUCUUUAAGUGUCUUAUUCAGCAACGUGUCAACUGUUGGUGAAAAACUGGAUGCAGUCGUUCUAAGAAAAUAACACUUGUCAGUGCUAAAUAAUACUUGUUAUUUAAUUUAUUUGAACCUCGGGGUUUUUCUUUAAUUUUAUAUUUUAAUGAAGCUGUAUCGUCUUUUAAGAGUUAUCGUUUACUGAAUUAUCUAUAUUGUCCCACUUUAAUUCAUAACAAUUAUCAAUCUCUAUAAUAUCAAAAUCAAACUUUAAGUUGAUAUUUUAUGGCUGCAUGAAUUGUAAAAUUCAUUGUUCAUUGAGUAAACACACCAGCAAUAGUAUAGUUCAAUCGUUUACAAAUUCGCUUUUUAUGGAUGUGUAUAUUUAUUUGUGUUAUUUUAUUACUGCAUAAUUUCUAUCCAAUCUCGAGGACCAUUAGCAUUAAAAGUAGUUGGUCGUGUUUAAACAACAUGAAUUUUGUUAAGCCAAUUGAUUCCUUUGAAGUGUUAGUUUGUUUUUUAAUUAGUGUGUAUGCUUUGUACAGUGAAAUUUUGAUUUGUUUAUAACUUAUCUUUGCUUCAUCAACAAUUCGUUUCAAUAACAAAUUGUCGUUUUAAUUACCCCGUAAUUACAGCGGGAACAGCAUAGAUGUCUCCUUACUUUAUACACAUUUAAGAUUUGUUUUAAUUCCCUUUUAUUAUUAUUUAAUUUGAGUUACAAUGAUAUGAGGUUAAAUUUUAUUUACAUGUAUAUGUAUCAUGAAUAUCGCUGGGCCAAGUGUGAUGUUGAGCGCUCUAAAACCGGUUUAAACCCCCAAUGCUUUAUGGUGUACGAACUGGUCCAAAACUAUUCUGAACCGUCCCGGACGGUUUAUAAACCGUCCCGGGUAGUUUGUAAACCGUCCCGGACAGUUUGAAAACCGUCCGGGACGGUUUAGGAAAGUUUUGGACCGUUUGUGUGCAUAAACCGUCCAGGACGAUUUAAACUGUCCGAUACGGUAUUUUUGCUUGAGUAGGGUAUAGUAUUUAUACCAACAAAUCAGAAAAGUCCUUACAAUUAUCCUUUACUGGAAGUUUUACGAGCGUAAUGUAAUAUCGUUGUCAUCUAGAGCGACGCUAUUUUUCUCGAAUAAAACAUGAAUUUCAAAAUAUUCAAUCAAUCAUUGCUGCCAAACACGUCCGAGUUAAAAAUAAAUACUUUAAGUACUCGAAAUAAAUGUAUUUGCCCACAAAGUACUAGAUUUUCUGAAAUAGGCAACGAAUUUCAUCUUUUACAGUGCAUUUUUUGAUACAUAGAAGGAAGCAGCUUUUAAAACGAACAUAUUUAAUAGACUGAAUAAUACUUUUUCAAGUAAGCAAUUGACAAAAAUACCGCAAGCAAAGCAGUACUAUAGUUUACGCCAGGAAACCGUCCCUGACGGUUUCCUAAACUGUAUCGGACGGUUUGUUAUCCACAAAAUAAAUCGCCCGGUACGGUUUACAGACGCACGAGCGGUUCAAAAGCAUGUAACUGUCCGAUACAGUUUAGUAAACCGUCCCGGUCGGUUUACAAACCGUCCCUGACGGUUUAUAAACCGUCCCGGACGGUUUCGAAUAGUUUUGGACCAGUUCGUACACCAUAAUGCUUUGCAUUGACCGUUCCAAGGCGGCGACCCCAGCUUUAUUCUUAUAUGUGUUUAUGUUGUUUUAUAUUGUGCUGUUUUGUACUGUUUAGGCAAUUGGUCACUUUCCUUAAAUAAAGGACCAACUAAUUGUAUAUAAUGAGAAUGCAAUACUUCUCCAGCAGCUGGAGUUUUACUUCUUUAUAUUAAGUGAUGUUCCCGGUAUAUAUCGGAAAGUUUAAAAGUACGAACUCACGGAUACAUAUAGUAUUCACGAAGAAAUACUAUUUGAUUAAACGAGCUUUAAUAACAACUGAAUUAAUUGCCAUAUAAUUUUAACCAUCAAGUGUAUAUAAAUAUGACCCUGAUUUAUUCAAUAUCAAAGUCUUGAUUUCAAAAUAGUAUUUUAUUAUUGUAUUUAUUGUUAAUUGUUAGUGGAAAAUUAAUAAUUCAGUAAGGUAUCUUAAAUAAGCGUAUGAUUUAUAACGUAAUGUCGUUAAUAUCCUAUUAUUCAUUUUAUUUAACAGCUUUUUGGUUAUGAAAGUGCGUGCAAGUAAUGUUAGUGUUGUAUUAAAAAAAUGUCGUCAAUUAUUUAUAAGUAGGCAUUUACUAUUUGGACAUUUCUAUGUAUUGCGGUUUAAUGUUUAAAUUUACUUUUAUUAUAUUUUUUAUUAUUUACUUUUCACCAACCAAAAAGCCAAUACUUGAUCUUCUGUUGUCCUUUAAUCAGCAUCUUUUGUCAAAAAGGCUUUUUGGUAAGCAUUUAUUAUGUAGAUAAUUCUAUGGAUAUAUUUUUAUUACGUCUCUAAUGAUGGAUAUAUUUUGUCAUUUAUUUUACAAUAUAAUAACUAAUUAUUCUGCAAUUGAUUAAUAUGUUUAACAACACAAAUGUAAUCCGUAUAAUAAAUGACCAACGUUACAUGUAAUUUAUGAUGAUGAACAUGGAAUAAGUAACUAAAAAUAUAACUUUUGUUUUUGAAAGCGGGAUGUUAUUAAGGCUUUCACUUAUUGAAGGUCCCGUUGUUAUGUAUGUUAUAUUUCGAUUUCGUAUAAUAUACUGAUGGCUUUCAACGAGUUAUAUAACACAAAUAUCAUUCAAUUUCAUACAUGUUUGAAAAGCUCAAAUAUAUUCUUUGUUCAAGUAUGAUUUUGAUGAACAAAAGAAUAUUUGUCAUGAGAUUUUUUUUAUUAAGCUAUUGACAUUUAUUGAAGUCAUGUACAUUUACAUGUGUUAGAUGUAAAAAUACGAGUUUGCAAUUGCAUUAAGUUUCUAUGCGUACUAUUAACACUAUAACAUUUCACUUGUAUAUUGAUGCGAACAUAUACACUUCUAACAAUAUAUAGAAAAAUGCCAGUGUUUUUGCUUUUACACUUAUUUUAAAACCAUCGAUCGAUGAUUAACCGCCCAUCAUUUUGCUACACAAGAAACAUGCGUAUUAAAUGGUGUGUGUUUUUUUCUAAUUCAAUUUGAAAAAAAAAAUCAUACGCAGCUCAUAAAUAUAUUAAAUGGUUGGCUAUGGGCGUAACACUAUUUUUAUUGAUGUUUUUAAACAUCUUUUGUUUAAGUAAAUGCAUCUAAUUUUAGACAAAUAGUUUAAACAUUAAUAUGUACGGUUCAUUUUGUUUUGUUUGGACAUUUCUAUGUAUUGCAGUUAAAUGUUUAAAUUUACUUUUAUGUUAUUUUUUAUUAUUUAAUUUCACCAAUCAAAAAGCCAAUACUUGCUCUUCUGCUGUCCUUUAAUAAGCAUCUUUUGUCAAAAAGGCAAUUACAUAUAGCUUUUUGGUAACCAUUUAUUAUGUAGAUAUUUCUAUGGAUAUAUUUUUUAUUACGUCUCUUAUGAUGGAUAGAUUUUGUCAUUUAUUUUACAAUAUAAUAAUUAAUUAUUCUGAAAUUGAUUGAUAUGUUUUCAAACACAAAUGUAAUCCGUAUAAUACAUGACAAACGUUACGUGUAAUUUAUGAUGAUGAACAUGGAAUAAGUAACUAAAAAUAUAACUUUUGUUUUUGAAAGAUGGAUGUUAUUAAGGCUUUCACCUAUUGAAGGUACCGUUGUUAUGUAUUUUAUAUUUCGAUUUCGUAUAAUAUACUGAUGGCUUUCAACGAGUUAUAUAACAAAUAUAUCAUUCAAUGUCAUACAUGUGUGAAAACCUCAUAUAUAUUCUUUGUUCAAUUUCGAUUUUGAUGAACAAAAGAAUAUUGGUAAUGAGAUUUUAUUUUUUAUAAAGCUAUUGAAAUUUAUUGAAGUCAUGUACAUUUACAAGUGUUAAAUGUAAACAUACGAGUUUGCAAUUGCAUAAAGUAGCUAUACGUACUAUUUACACUAUAACAUUUCACUUGUAUAUUUUGAUAUAAAUGCAUUUAUUUUUAGACAAAUAGUUUUAACAUUAAUAUGUACGGUCCAUUUUGUUUUGUUUUUUUACAAGAUCGGUAAAUGGAGUCAUUCUUUGACCAAAUGACAUUGUACCUUCACCUGUUUUAAGAAGAUUUUAAUCUGCAUAACCCUUUAUAUAUAUAUAUAUAUAUAUAUAUAUAUAUAUAUAUAUAUAUAUAUAUAUAUAUAUAUAUAUAUAUAUAUAUAUAUAUAUAUAUAUAUAUAUAUAUAUAUAUAUAUAUAUCAUUUACUGCAUAGUAUUUAUGCAAAAAAAUAAAACAAACGCGAAUUUAGUAACAUCAUAUUUAUUUUUCUCAAAGGAAUACGUAUUUUCUUGACAUAUUUCAACAAUCGAAUGCCCUGCUUUAUCUUUGUUCUAUUUUGAUUUAGUAAAAUAUGCGGACAGACUUCAACGGUUCCUUACAAAACAUAUAUUUUUAUGUCAUGCAGGUUUGAAAGGGAUAGGUUUAUUCUUUGUUAAAUUUCGUUUCGAUUUUGUUAAACUACAGAAUAUUUGUAAUAGGUUUGUGUAAUGCAGUACUUAUAUUAUUAAAUAUCCAAUCUCUAAAUGCAAUAAACAGAUGAAUGAAUGUGUAUGUAUUAUGCCAGUUCUGUUUGAAUAAAACAAUAUUGUUGUUAAUGAUGGUGAUCGUCUGUAUUAGUAAAAAUUGAUUCUACGACUUUCAAAUUUAUUAUUGAUGUUAAAACUUGAAUUGAACGAAGCAUUUUCAUGUUUAACAAAUGCAUUAGUUUGACUAUAUGAAAUUACAUUUCUUACGGUAACACUCACUUUUUUGUAUGUUUUGCGUGUAAUUGAAAACGUUGCCCCAUCAAUUUACACAGUAUAACAGAUUGGGGUGAUUUAUACUACGUACAAAACACUAAAUGUUUAACAUUAUUUCAUUAUAAAACAAUGUUGCUUUAAUUAAUAACAUUGUUUUAGUAUAUCUCUGAUGUAUAUAUUAUCAACACAAACUUAGAUCGUUGCAAAAGUGAAUUGCAUACCUUAUGAUUUUUUGUAUAGGUUUCUUCGUAUAUAUAAAUUUUAAGACAAUUUUUAAUGGCAAUAAACGAUUUGGCACAUUCAUACGUUACAACUAGACCAACGCGUCUAGUGAAUUGGCAGGAAUGUUUAUAUAUGAUAAUGGAUCUAUUUCAAAUUGCGUGACAAAAAAUCGCACUCAGAGUUUUGCAGUUAUCUAAUUUAUAUAUAAUGAUGUAAAGGAAUUCACUGGGGAGGGCAUUCACAUUUUUUCUUGUUAUUGAACAAUUUGAGUAAUGAAUAAUGUUCAAUGAUCAUAAUUGAACCAGGGUACAUUUGAAGGUUAGUAUUGCAAUAAUACCUAUUGCAUUUUUUAGAAUAAUCUCAAACUAUCAAAGCAUAAAUGAACAGUUUAUGUCAAUAGAGACAAUUAUGAUCAACGAUUUGUUAUUGAUUUUUGUAUUUAUUGCUUUCAUAUUGCAAUACAAUGCCGUUACGUAAAUGUACCUGUACAUAGGUAUUUCAAAAGUAAUUGGCUUCUUAUGAAGCCAGUAAGUUGGCCAGUGGUAUGUUAAUGUAUUGUUCGCAACUAAGUGUCUUAAUUUAGAGUUAUACUUUAGACAUCUGGACCAUCGAGUGACAUUGACAGUAAAAUGAUAACACUGAUUUAUCCAUGUUAAUUUUGUUGCAAUUAUGUAUUGUAAGAUGUAAAAUAAAUAUAUUUUAGC